AUGGCCGACACCACCGUCGACCUCGACACGCUCCGCGCCGUCUUUCCGAAGAUCUUCCAGUCGUUUGAGGACACGCCGGCGUGGCUCAUCCUCGGUGAAUAUGUAUCGCCGGCCGAGCGCAACGAGCGCCGCGGCUUCAUCGAGAAGCGAGAGAGCGUCUCGGAGGAGAAGGAGGCGGCAGCGCGGCGGCGCGCCAUGUCGGAGGGGCAGCUCUCCGUCGAGAUCGCCGCGCAGGAGCCGCCCUACCUCUCGGUGACACGCGACCAGCUCGCAGCCUCGGUGGCGGUGGACUCGCACCUGUCGGCACUCAGCGAGAGUGCCGCGCUCGAGCUGCCUCUGCGGCAGCUGCACGACUUCAGCCUGCACGACGCGAGCGGCCAGCUCUGCCGCCUCGAGGUGCUCGACGAGCGCGUCGGCUCCAAGAUCUACGCGACGGGCGCCAACUGGGACUCGCUCGACGAGCAGGAGCGAGAGCAGCUCUGGGCUUGCGCCCCUGGCUCCACCCGCCGCUCCGAGGACCACGAGGAGAGCGACGGCGUGUACGUCAAGGGGCUGGGCGCCUGCUCGUGCUACACCAUCUCGGGCUACUCGCAGCACGACGCACUCGUCUUCCCGCGCCCGUCCGUAUUCCUCGUCACCGAGGCGGGCCAGUACGAGCUCACCACCCCCUCCGCGCAGUACGCCCCCUUCUUCGCGCCCGUGCAGGAGAAGGUCGAGGUGUGCAAGCGGCUGGAGUACCUCGUCCAGCACCACAAGUUCAUCCUCCACCAGCUCGUCUCCUUCGACGCGGGCGCCACCCGCUCCGACGCGGUGGCGCCUCGCCGCCGCGCCGCGCCUGCCGCCGACCUGUCGACGGUGCGGAGCGCGGCGGCAAAGACCCGCUGGGUGGGCGAGGGCACGCGCGAGGAGGGGCGGGUGGUGCACGAGGCGGCGGAGGUGGACGGCAAGCGGAUCAGCGUCGGCGGGUGGGCGUCGUUGCAGCCUUUCGCGGCCGACCACACGUCCAAGGACUUGCAGCUCGUCGAGGUGGAGGCGCUGUGGGCGGUGGGCGGCGCAAAGAUGUGCCGCGUCCGCCGGCUGUGGCGUCCGGCGGAGACCUUUGCCGGCGGGGUGCUCGACGGCGCGCUCAAGGAGGGGGUCCUGAUCCCCGACAGCUGCCCGCAGGAGCUGCCGCUCCACGAGCUCAAGGCGCCCGUGGACGGCGCCGCGUCGGGCCUGCACACGGGAGAGUGGCGGUACUCGCCCAAGUGGGCGUCCUACACCAAGCUUGCCCCGCCGCCCUCGCGCAAGCGCAGCGCGGCGCAGAGCGCGGCGAAGCGCGACCAGCCGGCGUCGGCGUCCGGCGAGGCGCUCAACGUGCUGGAGCUCUACUCGGCGAGCGGCGGCCUCUCCUUCGUGGAGGAGGCCGAGUGCGCCGGCGGUGCGCGCCUCAAGACGCGCUGGUGCUGCGAGUGGUCAAAGGAGGAGGUGGAGACGUACCGCGACAACCACCCCGACUGCAACGUCUUCCACCUCGACGUCGAGGUCUUCCUGCGCGUCUGCUCCAAGUGGGCCGCCAUGGCCGACGGCAGCUUCGCGCCCAAGAAGAAGGGCGGCAAGGCGGCCGCCGCCGCGAAGGGCGCGCAGGAGGUCGUCGACGUGCGCGGGGUGGACCACCGCAUCGAGUACCUCUGCCGCUCCCCGGGCGGCGCCGAGCGGUGGGUGCGCGACGAGGAGGUGGCGGACGCACUCGUCCAGGCGUACGUGCAGGCCAACCGCGGCGCGCUGCCGCUCCCCGAGAACGUGGACGUUGUCAUGGGCGGCCCUCCGUGCCAGGGCGUCUCUGGCUUCAACCUGUACCGCCACGAGGACCCGCUCGGCGACUCGAAGAACCGGCAGACGAUCCACUUCACCGAGAUGUGCCUGCUGCAGCAGCCGCGCUUCGUCAUCAUGGAGAACGUGGUGGGCAUCCUCAUGUUUGCCGACAGCCUCGUCAUCAAGACGUCGAUGCGCUCCUUCAUGCAGGGCGGCUACCAGGUCCGCAUCGGCGUCUGCGUCUCGGGCACCUUUGGGCUGCCGCAGAACCGCGCGCGCACCAUCCUCUUUGCCGCGCGCGGCGAGGAGGCGCUGCCGGAGUACCCGGCGCCGACCCACCAGCUGCCGCCCGUCCCAAUCUCGAUGAUGACGACUUGGAUGAAGAAGCACCUGCUCAACGUGCCCUCUGCGGCGGAGUCGGCCACCCUGGCCAAGCCCCUCACUCUCGCGGACGCCUUCUCGGACCUGCCGUCGCUCAAGAGCCCUCCGGCCCGCGGCUUCGGCUCCAACAAGGACAACCCCAACCGCGCGCCCAAGGAGACCAAGGCGACGCCCUUCCGCGCCGCCACCUACGGCGGCAAGAGCAGCUCCGGCAAGCCGGUGCAGCCGCUUAGCGACUACCAGCGCGCCGCGCGCGAGCGCUGCACGGGCAAGGAGCUGCACGACCACGAGUCGUUCGUGCUCAACGAGGACGACCAGGAGCGCGUCUCCGCCGUCCCAAAAGCGGCGGUCAAGCUGCACGGAUGCUGGCGCACGAGGCCGCGGGGCCCGAGGGCUCGCACGCGCGCCGCGCCCCUCACCGCGGAGGCGCGCGAGCGUAGGCGCGACUUGCCCGACGACGGACUCACCUCUUCGGGCAAGCCGCUCGUGCCCGAGUACGCGCGCUCCUACCGCCGGCCCAACGCCUGCUUCGGGCGGCUCGCGUGGAGCGACAUCGACCGCAUCCUCUCGAUCCGCGAGAACGCGCGCAUCCAAGGCUUCCCCGACUGGUACCGCUUCUCCGGCAGCAUCUACUCGCGCUACCGCCAGGUCGGCAACGCCGUCUCGCCCAAGCUCGCCAAGGCGCUCGGCGGUCAGAUCCUCGCCGCCGUCGAGGCGCGGGCCGGAAGCAAGUGA